GUGAGGCCAGGCUGGCUGUAUGUGCCCCCAGUAUACAGUCAGUGUGUCCUCAGGUGUACGGACAGGAUGAGUGGAGGAGUGUAUGGGGGAGAUGAGGUUGGGGCUCUUGUAUUUGAUAUUGGAUCAUAUUCAGUCCGUGCUGGUUAUGCUGGUGAAGACUGUCCCAAGGCUGACUUCCCAACCACCCUCAGCGUUUUUUCUCCUGAUGAUUCUCUGUCCUCCGAUCUGGAAAAGGACCGCAAGCUGAGUCGGGUGUAUUACAUAGACACAACCUGCCUACAUGUCCCACGACCACUUACCGAAGUCACCUCCCCCCUGAAGAAUGGCAUGAUUGAAGAUUGGGAUUCCUUCCAAGCAAUUCUUGACCACACGUUCAACAAGCACCUGAAGUCUGACCCAGCCUUACACCCCAUCCUCAUGUCAGAGGCACCCUGGAACGCCAGAGCAAAGCGGGAGAAGCUGACAGAAUUGAUGUUUGAACAUUACAAUAUCCCGGCGUUCUUCCUCUGUAAGACAGCUGUGCUCACUGCUUUUGCUAAUGGACGAUCUACAGGUUUAGUAUUAGACAGCGGAGCCACCCACACUACUGCCCUCCCAGUGCAUGAUGGGUACGUCCUGCAGCAAGGUAUAGUGAAAUCCCCCCUGGCUGGAGACUUCAUCACUAUGCAGUGCAGGGAACUAUUCCAAGAGAUGGGGGUGGAAAUCGUUCCUCCAUAUAUGAUCGCAUCAAAGGAGCCCGUGCGGGAGGGGUCGCCCCCAAACUGGAGGAGGAAAGACAAACUACCGGCGGUCACCAAAUCCUGGCAGAAUUACAUGAGUAAUGAGGUGAUCCAGGAUUUCCAGGCCUCCGUCCUGCAAGUGUCUGACUCUCCGUAUGAUGAACAGGUGGCUGCUCAGAUGCCAACGGUCCAUUAUGAGAUGCCCAACGGGUACAACACAGACUACGGUGCGGAGAGGCUGCGCAUACCGGAGGGACUCUUUGACCCAUCCAAUGUAAAGGGCCUGUCCGGUAAUACGAUGCUGGGCGUGGGACACGUGGUCACCAGCAGCAUUGGGAUGUGUGACAUAGACAUCCGGCCUGGCCUGUAUGGCAGUGUCAUUGUCACAGGAGGUAACACUCUGCUCCAGGGGUUUAACGACAGGCUGAAUCGCGAGCUGUCUCAGAAGACCCCACCGAGUAUGCGCCUGAAGCUCAUCGCCAGUAAUAGCACCAUUGAGCGCCGUUUCAGCUCCUGGAUUGGAGGUUCCAUUCUGGCCUCCCUGGGAACGUUCCAGCAGAUGUGGAUCUCCAAGCAGGAAUAUGAGGAAGGAGGAAAGCAGUGCGUGGAGCGGAAGUGUCCCUAAUCCCCUCUCCAUCACCAUUCCCCUCCAUCGCCACCCUGUAUAGACCCCAGUUUCCUGAGGCUAAGACCAGGACCAUCACACCUAUCUGUCCGCCAGAUGUCUCCUGCCCAUAUGACAUUGCUCCAUAGUAAUGAAGGCCAUACGUUCUGUAUAAGGUCCUCCGGCGUCUCUUGCUGGGCCAAACACUCGUCACUUGCUCAGAACAAACCCCACACCCUCCUUUCCAUCCAUUGUACUGUGCAGACUUUCCGAUCUCCCAGUAGGAAGCCACACCAGACUAGCGGCAGAGGGCCUUGUAGCCACCGCUACUCCAGCCAGCAUCUACUCUUCUCCUCCUGCCGAUCUUCUUGCUAUAUAGAGCACCCCUGCUCCGUCUGGACUCUGCUACAACCUAACAUUUCAAAGUCCACCCCUGAUCAGAUGUCGGAGGACUCUAUCCGGCUCUACCACCGUGAUAUCCCAGCUCCACACGUUUUGCAAUCCUUUGUAUACAUUGUUGCUGUGUAACUAACUUCAUUCCCCAAAUAUAAUAUCUCCAAUACGCUUACUGUCACGCUAUGGAAAUCCUUCUCAUCCAGACAUGAAAAUGUCCUCUCCGAUGUUAUUUAUUAGAAGAUUUCUGGGUGACAUACACAAGGGGCUCUUCAGCACAGAAUAUGCCUCCCUCCAAACGGCAGCCAUGGCUUUUAUAGUCCCAGUUACGUAGAUGAUCACAUGAUUGCACUUGCAUCGUGCUGGUACCAUAUAAGUAGACCUAUAUCACUAUCACGAGGCUCUUCGUGGCUCUAUGCCCGGUGCUCGUGAGAGCAUUUUACAUUAAGUAAAUAACUCCAUGGAAGCCGCUGUGAUAUAGCCCGUGGCUGGGAGCUGGUGUCAGGGUACAUUGUGUAACAAUACGGAGCAAUAUUCAGGCUCAGCAAUUCCUCUAAUCUGCUUAUCCUGCAAAUGUAAUGACUGGUAGUCUCUGCAGUAGCUAUUAGUCACCUUUUGUUGUUCAUUUAUAUAUAUUUCCUUUACCAAUCACAAGUUAGAGCCCCCUUUCCCUUCCGCAACGCUCAUCUUCACACUUAUGAUCUACCAGAAGCUUCAACGUAACUCCCACCUGCAGCACCGACCGCCGAUCUCCCACCAGUAUGCAACGCAGAUGGAAGUAUGAGGAUUAUCUGUGUCUUCUGCCAUUAAACUUACAUUGCAACCUG